UGGAGCAUUGUUGGGUGCGCAUUUAUGAUUUGAAUUUCUCUCUUACUUUACGAGCAACUAAACCGCUCGCUGGUUCUUGCUUUUUGUAUCUUAGAACCGUCUUCAAGACCCUCUGAAUCGAGUGCCACUGCUGAUCUCUCGGAGUUCUUCUCCAUCUUACUCUGAAUAUGCCUCUCUCCACUCUUGCUUCUCUUCCUCGGCCUUCAUUCUCUCGCUGAUUCUUGUUUCUCCCCGUAAAUAUCGUUUCUGAUAUCAAGAAGGCAACACUGAGAAUAUCCACCACCGAGUAGCCCAUUGUCGCGACUACGUUGUGGUGUUUCUCUUAAUCAGAAACGGGCCCACCCCCACAUUCUUCUUCUUCUUCUUCACUCAACCAUGUGAUCCCAUGCAAUUACUCUAUUCUUUCUCUUUCAUCUCAGUCAUCAGCUUUAAAAGCACAAACGACUUGGAGGAAAUCGGAACUCCGACCCUCGCCGAGAAUAUCGGCUGCGAUGUCGGCUCCGACACCAUCUCCGGAGAUCAAUGAAUACUCUCCUCCUCCGCCGCCGCUGACGGAAGGUUUUUCGCCGGUACUGCCUCUUCCUCCUCCGCCGCCAAAGGGCUUGAUAGGCCUCGUAAUGGGGAUAGUGAUGGGAGUGUUGAUUGUGCUUGUGGCGGUGGGCUUUUGUGUUAUUUGGCGUAGGAAGAAGAGAAGACGAGGUGAUAACAAUGAGUCUGAUGGUCUCCCACGAGGAGCCAAAGCCCCCCAGGAGGAGUUGAAUCAAAUACCCAACCAUUUCAAGCCCCCUCUCCUCCACCACAUCCUUCAGUGAAAAGCAAUUUGGACUCC